AUGGACCUGCCUGUCCGGAUCGCGCUUGUAGCUGUCAUUUUUGUGGCAGCCACAAUGGCAUCAGGGGCAGGCACUGGCGGUGGAGCCUUGUACAUCCCUGGAUACAUUGUUUCCCUCAAGGAUGUUCACAAGGCGGUGCCUCUGUCCAAGGUAACUAUAUUUGGGGGAUGCUUGGUGUCGGUGCUCAUAAAUAUACGCCGCCGCAAUCCCAAGUCAAACACACCAAUGAUUGCCUACGAACUCGCUGCACUGAUGGAACCGUUUACCCUCUUAGGCGCCAUCAUCGGAGUUCUCUUGAAUAUAGUAAUGACUGAUCUGCAGAUCCUUGUCUGUCUCGUUGUCACACUCUCGUUCACUAGCUACAAGACAUUUAGAAAGGGUCUCGCCCAGAGGGCGGAGGAAACACGAAUUCUAAAGGAGCUUGAACAGCGGCGGUACAAAGAGCAGGUGGACAACGAGUUAGGCAGUCUUGCACCUGUGGUCCAAGGGGAAAAUAGAUCUGAACUAGAACGAUUGCUUCCUCCGAUGGAAGAGGAUUCUCGUCACACAGAGGGCGGGGCUUCGUUGGAGCGCUCACUCAAACGUACAGAAACCGAGGACACAACUUACUUCCCUAUAUCUGAUAGCCUUUUGGAUAUUCAGGAUGCUGUCGCGGUGACACCUACGUCUCGUGUUGCAGCAGAUGUGGUGGGAUAUUGCCGGACGUGUCAAGUGAGUUGUAUAUAUUUGGUCUUUGACUCGGUUGUAAACGUUGUUCUACUUAUACUGGCGGGAGGACCUGUGGCCGUCUUAUGUGGAUCCCAGUGGCAGCAGGGCUGUAUCUACCUGCUACUUUCGAUUCACGUCCUGGGGACAUUUCUUUUUGCGCGUUGGCUCAUAAAGAUGCGGAAACAGCUGGAAGCUGCAGGCGAGAAGAGCAUGGAUGUCGCUUCUGGGGGCCUGGGUUGGUUGACACCUGUUACUGCUUUCGUGUACCCUCUACUUUCUAUGAUGGCAGGAGUUCUUGCUGGGGCCAUUGGCAUUGGUGGGGGGCUCGUGAAGGGGCCCUUAUUGCUUGAGAUCGGCUUGUCCCCACUGGCCGCUGUCAGCACCGCCAAUUUUAUGAUCUUCUUCACUUCCUCGGCUAAUACUCUGCAGUAUGCUACACUGGGUAGACUUGACUUAGCGGAUUCAAUUUGCUUUUUCUUUACUGCAUUUGUGGCCGGGGCGGUGGGCAUCAGCUGCGUAUUUCACUUUAUGAAAACAACACACAGGCAAUCCUACUUAACCUUCCUGUUGUCUUUCGUUACUGUCAUCAGUCUCUUAUGCAUGGUAGGGUCGUUUGUACACACGCACUACUUUAUGACCCAAGGUCCUAUGAAGCUCUUAACGUUACAAGACGCAUGCCAACAGCAGCAAGUCUCUGGAAGGCUUUUGUUCUCCCAUUUUUGA